AAAAAAAUGUGGAUAUUGAUGAAGGAAGCAGACUAAAGUUUUACUUGUCAGAUUUAGCGUGACUGAAUAUAUAAAUACACACAUUAAAUCGUUGCUACUUGCUACUACUUUUAAAGUUAAACCAUUGAUUCGAGGUUUUGUCCAUUAGAGAAAAGGAAAAAGCAAGUAACAUAUCACUGAAUUCGAUUGAAAACAGUGAGACAAAUCCUGGGUAAUUAUCAAAAACAGCUUUUUCUUUAAUCAAAAUUAAAUAAGGCUGAGUGGUGGAGGCGGUGGUGCUGAUUCAGAGAGUGGGACAUUGGGAGGAGAGAGAGAGAGAGAGAAAGGGGACAGAACAUUCUGAGGGUUUCAGAUUUGCACUAAGGCGAGAAGGAAGAAGAAACAGCUCAUCUUCUUUGAUUCUCUCUGUUUUUUACUUUUAAGGGUUUUUUUUUUCUUUUGUUCGAUUGCUGUUUUGUGUUUUGUCGGAUUUCUCUUGGAACAGAGUUGUGUGUUUGCAAACAGCUGCAAUAUAGCCCACACUUUUUCCCCUGUCUUUGUUUUUCUCUCCAUAAUUUCAUCGAAUUGAUCCUAAAGGAGGUUUCUUUUGCCACCAAAGGUAUGAGUUUAUGUUGAUUACAAUUCAAUCUUUUCUUUCUGAAAUUUGCAGUUUUCUUUUGGUGUUAGCCAUCAAAAAUUUUCCGUAAAUUUGGUCAAAAAUCGAAAUAAAAACCUAAAAAUCUUUUUUUUUUCCUUUCUUUCUUGGCUUUGAGAGUAAACUUCUGCUGAUAUCUACAUGUUUUAUAUUCUUAACUCUGUAGAUUUGAAACUUUAACCACAUGUCAAGGUAUCUAAAGAACAAAAAUUUUGUUGAUUUUCUAUAAAUGACACAGGAUUUGGGUUAUUGAUUUUUCUCACCAAUAUAACAACUUUUUGCUCAUUUAGCAACUCUCCAUCUAUCUCCUUUGUUUGUUUUUUUAAUUUCUCUUUACUGCUUUUGUUCCUCAACACAAACCAAGAACUGCUUUAUUCUUCUUAAUCGGAUAUUCGCACUUUUUUCUAGGGUUCUGGGUUUUUGUUUCUUCUUCCUUUGAUGCUUUCUGAACCUGAAAAGAUUCGGUACAAAAACAGAACAUUGAAAACAAAAAAAAACAGAGAAAUUGAUAAUAAAGAAAUAUGCAACGUGCCUGAUUUAUAAGCAAGUGGAGCAUCUCUCUUUUGUUUUUGCUCUUUCAUGUUUCCCGCAAAAAUAGGUUCGAUUUGAGAGCUUAACAAUCUUCAGGAACCUCUCUAUUUGGGUGUUUAAGGAGAAAUGAAGUUUAUGAAACUUGGAUCCAAACCGGAUUCGUUUCAGUCUGAUAAAGAUCGCAGAAGGUUUGUAGUAGCAUCGGAUUUAGCAACCGAUGUAGUUGUAAAUGUUGGAGAUGUUAAAUUCUAUCUUCACAAGUUUCCUCUUCUGUCGAAAAGCGCUCGUCUUCAGAAACUGAUCGCUGCAACAAUCGAUGAAGAAGCAGACGAUGAAAUCCGCAUUCCGGAUAUUCCGGGAGGGCCUCCAGCGUUCGAGAUAUGCGCCAAAUUCUGUUACGGUAUGACUGUGACUCUCAACGCAUACAAUGUUGUAGCCGUGCGUUGCGCUGCUGAGUAUCUCGAGAUGUAUGAAUCGAUUGAAAGUGGGAAUCUUGUCUACAAGAUUGAGGUUUUCUUGACCUCGAGUGUUCUGAGAGCCUGGAAAGACUCCAUCAUUGUUCUCAAGACGACAAGAUCCUUUUAUCCGUGGUCCGAAGAUGUGAAAAUCGAUGUAAGGUGUUUGGAAUCAAUCGCUUUGAAAGCUGCAAUGGAUCCAGCAAGAGUAGAUUGGUCUUACACGUAUAACCGAAGAAAGCUUCUUCCACCUAACAAUGGCGUGCCGAGAGACUGGUGGGUGGAGGAUCUCGCCGAGCUUAGCAUUGAUUUAUUCAAAAGAGUGAUUUCGACUAUCAGAAGAAAAGUCGGGGUUAGGCCUGAGGUUAUAGGAGAAGCUAUCGAGGUCUAUGCAGCGAAGAGAAUCCCCGGCUGCAUGAUCAAAACCAACGAUGAUGAUGAUGAUGAUUGUGAUGUGGAGGAACACGGAUCUUUGUUGGAGACAUUGGUUUCGUUGCUGCCUUGUAAGAAACAGAGUGUUUCUUGUGGAUUCUUGAUCAAGCUGUUGGAGUCAUCGGUCUCUUUGGACUGUGGAGAAGAAGAGAGGAAAGAGUUAAGUAGAAGAAUAGGAGAGAAGCUUGAGGAAGCAAAUGUGCCUGAUCUUUUGAUCAGAGCUCCAGAGGGAUGUGAAACGGUCUACGACACUGACAUUGUUGAGACUUUAGUCGAUGAGUUUGUUACACAAACACAGACAAGAGACGAGCUUGACUGUUCAGACAUCAACCAAGGAAAUGGGUUUGUUUCAGACAGCUCGAAAGCAAACGUCGCCAAGUUAAUCGACGGAUACUUGGCUGAAAUCGCGAGAAUGGAACCCAAUUUGUCUCCUUCAAAGUUCAUCACAAUCGCAGAAAAGGUUUCGAAUUUCCCAAGAUCUUCACACGAUGGAAUCUAUCGUGCCAUUGACAUGUUCUUAAAGCAACAUCCAGGAAUAACAAAGAGCGAGAAGAAAUCGAUAUGCCGAUUAAUGGAUUGCCGGAAAUUAUCACCGGAGGCAUGUGCUCAUGCGGUGCAAAACGAGCGGUUACCUUUACGAGUCGUUGUUCAGAUCCUCUUCUUUGAGCAGGUUCGUGCCGCGUGUCCGACCACGAAACCUUCUCUACCACCGAGCGGCUCCCACGGGAGCUCGAGGACGACGACGGAAGAAGAGUGUGACUCAGUCACGGCUACGGAGGAGACGACGACGACGACGACGACGAGGGACAAGACGAGUAGUUCUGAGAAGACGAAAGCUAAAGGAGUUGUGAUGUCUCGGAUGUUCUCCAAGCUUUGGACAGGUAAAGACAGAGACGGUGUCCGAGAUGUUAGUAGCUCAGAUACAUCUGAAAGUCCUGGCUCAGCCACCACCGUUGAUGAUAAAUCCACGCCGUCGACUCGCCGGAGAAGAUCAUCGUCUUGACUGUUGACUACUUGUUUUUUUAAAACAAUUUCUUACUUAGUGCUUUCUUUUAAGCUAAUUUACUUUAGAUUAAAUUUGGGUUUGUUUAGAUAAUAGUUUUGUUUUGGUAAUUAAUUGUAACGCCAAGUUUUUUUGGUUAUGUUAACCGUUACAAUUUUGAGAAAUCCAACUUCUAAUGAUGCC